AUGACGUAUUUCGACAGCUGGAAUGAAUUUCUUCACGAAGCUAGACUUUUAUACUUCAGAACUCCAUUGAAGACUAAAUACGUUUUUAAAUUACUCAAGGGAAAGGGGAAGAUUAUAUUAAAAGUCACAGAUAACAGACAGUGUUGUAAAUUUCGACUAAAUACAGAGUCGAGCAGUCGUCUAAUAAGUCAAUUUAAUGCGUUGUUUCUAAAUUGGUCAGUUUCAAAGGAUUUAUCGUCAGCCGAGGACCUUCCGCUAAAGAUUGCAGCUACAAAAACUAAACAAAAACCCAAACGUCUUGGACGUCGCAGAGUGUAA